UCGAGGACAUUGGCCCCAUGGACGGCUCGGUCCCUGGGGUGCCCGAUCGGCGAGUCCACGCCCUGCACACGCUGUACCGGGAUGCUGUUGGGCCCGUGCUCGUCCUGGAUACCCUGACGAACGGUCCUGCCGACGCCGCCUGGGACGCGUGGGCCCGGCAGAACCCGCCGCCCAAGGCGGACACCCGCAACGGGCGAGACUACAUUCACAAGGUGCUGAGGGCCAGGACCGCCGAGGGGAUCCACGGCCUGCAAAAGUGGACGGGCAAACAGCUACUCCACCAGAGGACCGCCGCCAUCAAGGACGACUGGGCGUGGUGGACAUUCAAGAAGGAGCAGGCAAGCGCUGGCAAGCUCGUGACCCUCAUCGGCGGCCGCAGGCCCACGCGGCAGCUGUUCCUGGACGACAACAUCGAGCACAACGACGCCCGCAUCGUGGACGUCCGCGACGCCAGGGGACACCCGAUGCCGCACAGGGAGACCUUGGGCAAGAUCUGCAUCAAGGUGAAUCCUGUCGAGGCCAUCCUCGACAACGACUACUUCCUCUGGAAGCUGAUCCGCGCCCAGGGCGAGGACCUCAACAUGGGCUCGUCGCUGAUGGGGCUGCAGAAGAAGAAGCUCGUGGAGGUGGAGUCUCAGAACAACGUGCUCCUGGACCAGCUGACGGUGUCCAACGGGCAGGUGAAGCUGCUGGUGGAGGAGAUGCGCCGCAUGAGGCUGCAGCGCCGCAUCGUCGUGCGCGAAGAGGGCGAGCUGCAGGCGCUGCUCGGCAAGCACAACGUCGACGUCGCCGCGUUCGGGCAGGGGGGAUACCGCAGCCUCACCGACCUGUUCGCAGAGCUGGAGGCGGGGCGCUGCUGGCUCGAGGCCGACGAGCACGGGCAGCUCGUCCGCGUUCUGGACAUGGUGUUCCUCAAGCUGUGCUUCAAGGACAUGCUGCUGAUCGAGACGCACGAGGAGGACUCCUCGGGCCGCAUGUCGACCAGGAACUUCCUGCCCGGCUUCGUCACCACGGUCAACGAGGUGUCCGUGCAGCAGCAGAUCGAGCGGUGGUUGCAGAGCGGCCUGCAGGUGAACCUGCAGAAGAGCGUGGACGGCGACCUGCUGCCCAUGUACAUCCCCGACGCGCCCAACCAGCAGACGGGCUCCACCAAGGCCUACCCGCUGCGCUGCAAGGUCCAGCAGAGCCGCGCCGUGCUGACCAUCCCCGAGAAGGAGGCGGAGAUCAACAAGGACGUCCUCCGCCAGGUCGGGCUCCCCAGCGGCCAGCGCUUCCGGACGGUGGAGACGGACCUGCACGGCUCCACCACCGCCCGCUUCUGGCGCUGGGACAAGACGGUGGUGUGGGAGGCGAGCUCGGGCAUCGCGGCGGGCGGCGCGGAGGGCGCCCCGAAGAUGGACGUGGCCGAGCUCUGCGACAAGCUCUUCCAGGGCAGCGCCCGCAAGGACGCCUACAAGCGCCUGCUCCUCGAGAUGUUCGAGACCUUCGAGUCCUUCGAGGCGCAGAUGCUGACCGGCGGCUUCGGCGGCUCGGCCGUGGUCCGCGUGCAGCCCUACGAGCGGGAGGGGCGCCCCAGCGAGCCCUGCGUGGUGAAGCUGGACACGGGGAAGCUGAUCCGCGACGAGUUCCAGAAGUCCGUCAACGUCUUCGCCGCGCUGCCGGACCGGGCCGCGCGCAUCCUGGGCGACCCGGUGUUCUCCGCGGGCGAGGAGUUCGGCGCCAUGCGCCUCGAGCUCGCGGGCGCUUGCUGGAACAACCCGGAGUUGGCGCAGGGCUCCUCCUCGUCGAACCUGCUGUCCACCUUCAAGGACCUCCUGCUCUACGAGAGCGAGCAGGCGCUCCUGGGCGUCAGCUCCAGCCCCGCGGCGGCGGAGAACCGGCCGUUCGGCAACGUGAACAGCGUCAUCGCGGAGACGUUCGGCCCCGGCGGGGUGGUCUCGUCGCUGAGGAAGGGCGACCGGGGCCUCCACCGCUCCGAGGGCACGCCGCUGCUCUGGGGCUGGUACACCCUGAAGGGCAAGCCAGGCCCCUUCAACCUGUACACCGCCGCGAAGGGCGAGUACCCCGCGGAGCCUGCGAUGCGGAGGCUGUACAAGGAGUACUUUCGCGCGGAGCUCCCGUCGAUGAAGGAUUUGGGCAUCGAUUCCAUCAAGGAGAAGUUAAUCAGCUUGGCAGGCCAAGGGGGAAAGGAGCUGGCCCCGCUAGUCGGACUAGCCCAUGGGGAUCUCAACGCCGCGAACAUUAUGAUCGACGCCUCGGACGCUCUUUGGCUGAUCGACUUCGCCACCUCGGUGGACCUGCCGCUCUUCACUGACAUGUGCAAGUUCGAGAUGGCAUGCCUCUUCGAGUACGCCGCGAUACCUAUCACACCGAAGAUGCUGGUGGAGUUCGCCGGCACCCAGGAGAGCCUCUGGAAAACGUUGAACGUGGGAGACUGGCUCCGCACCGACCAGGCCGUGGUGGUGAUGCUGCUGCAGAAGUUCGUGGCGCUGCCCCCUGAGCGCCUCGCCGGCCUCAGCCAGGGGGACCUGGAGCAGCUCAUAGACGAGGUGGUGAAGAGGACCAGCAAGAGCCUGGACAAGCAGCACAAGAUGGAGCGCUCGCUGAAGUCUCGGCUGGUGGCCGACGAGGCCAUGGUGGCCGCUGCCUUCACCUACUGCUCCAGCGUGUCCAACGCGCUGCUGCGUGGGGACACCCUUGGCGAGACGCUGAACGUCUCCGCGGUACCCCUUCCAGAGGGCCGCGGCGGGCGGGGGGCGCUGUCGCUCAAGCUGCUCAUGGACCACUGCGUCGCCGUCCGGCGCUUCAUGCGCCAGGACGUCGUGGGCUGCAUGCGAGACCGCGCUGGGGCUCAGGCGGACUUGCAGCCGUGCGACUGGAUGUCGCUCCAGCUUUACCUGCCCUUCCUGCGCGAGUCUUACCGGAUCAUCGGCUACCGGGACGUCGCUCCCCAGUACAAGAUCUGGGCCAUCUACCACUGCAGCAAGCUGGCACAAUGCGUCCAGCACUCCCUGGGCGUGGUCUCCAAGAACGCCAGGAAGCUCGAGAAGGCAGGCUACUUGUCCGCGCUCCGGGCGGAGAUGGACAGCUCGGUCAAGAAGCACAGGACCGAGAAGCCGAGCCCGCUGGGCGACGCCACGGUGCCCGAGACCCUCUCGGCGGAGAUGUUCCAGGAGGAGACGGAGAGGUUCAAGCAGACGCUCCGCGCACGCCUGAGCUUCAUCAUCGACCCCCUCUCGGGAGACCGGCUCAGCGUGCGCGAGUGCGCCCCGCCGAGCCUCACCCAGCUGGGGCCGCGCUUCGGCCUCGGGGGCGGCAGCAAGAGCCCGCCCGUGCGCUCCACGGGCAGCGCCGGCUCGGCCGGGGCCGAGGAGGGCGCCACCGCGGGCGCCCGGCGGGGCUGGGCGAACAUCAUGGGCGUCGCCGAGAGGCUCGACAGGGGCACGCCCUCGGGCACGCCGAGCGCCUUCCUGGUGCUGGGCCCCCCCGGCAGCGGCAAGACCUGCCUGGUCCACCGGCUCAUCAUGGAGGUCCUGGACCGCUACACGCACGUGGUGCCGCUGCUGCUGCCGGUGGCAGACCUGGUGAAGCGUUCCUCCCAGGAUCCCGAGCUGUGCAUGGUCGACAAGCACCACAGCACGGACGAGGGCGCUGUGGACCGGUGGUUCGACAAGUAUUUGCGGAUCACCUUCGGCGAGGACAGCCACAGGUAUCUCAUGAUCUGCCGUGCGAUCAAGACGAAGCACGUCAUGCUCAUCUUCGAGGGGCUGGAGGACUGCGGGGAGCUGAAGCCAUGCAUCGAGCGGUGCAUCCAGCGCCAGAUCCUCCAGCAGCGCAUGGUGGUAGUCACAUCUCGCCCGCUGAUUGGGGGCCAGUCGUCCCUGGAAGAGAUCGAGGACAGCAUCGUGGCCAUGAACGUGGAGAGCCUCACCGAGGAACACAUCCGCAUGGUUGCGCACGCGCGCCUCGGCCUGAGCGGCUUCGAUGCCUUCGAGCGCAUCUUCGCCAAGGUCCGGGGCGGAGGGGGCGGCGAGCCCCACGGAGAGCAGGGCGAGGGCAGCGACGGCAAGCCCGAGGUGUUCGGGAACCCCAUGAUGCUGAGCAUGCUGCUGUGCUACCUGCAGACGAUGAAGCGCAAGGAGGCGGAGAAGCGGGAGGCCCAGCGCAGGGGCCAGGCCGACGACAACGAGGACGAGGGCGAGGGCACGAACAUCACCGCCAUCUACCGCGUGGCCAUCGACGUGAUGCUGAUGCGGAUGCAGCGCCGGCAGAUGGCCGACAGGCUGAACCAGCAGGAGGAGCUCGACAGGUGGAAGCAGAUCGUGGAGGUGGUCGCGCUCCACAUGGCCCUGCGCGGCCUCGACAGCAUCACCGCCGCCGAGGCAGAGGCGCUGCUGCGCGGCCAGCUCCGCCGCGAGUGGCCCAGCCUCAAGAAGGCCGUGGUGGCCGGCCACGCCAUGUUCCUGCGCGUCACCGACGGCGCCCGCGAGGAGAUGCAGUUCUUGGCCAAGGACUUCCUCAGCUUCUUCGCCGCAAGCGCCGUGGCCCGCGGCGGGGGCUACGAGCUGCCCGGCGUGGCUCAGCUCUUGGGCGACCCGGCCUGGGCGCAGAUGCUCGAGAUGCUCUCGGAGGCCUGGCCGCUGCAGUACGUGCGCGUGGUGGAGCACCGGCUGGGCAGCUUCCGGGGGGAGGGCGGGGACGGCUUCCUGCACGUGGCGGCCCGGGCUGGGCACCACCCGGCUUUCCAGUGCCUGCGGCUGUUCUCCGAUCGCAACAGGAAGGCGCUCAAGAUCCAGAACCAGGACAUGCAGACCCCCCUCCACGUCGCCGCGGAGAGGGGCUACACUGGCCUGUGCGCGCUGAUGCUGGAUGGCGGGGCGCCCGCGGAGGCGCUCGACUCCAAGGAGCGGCUGGCCAUCCACGUGGCGAUGCAGCACGGGAACUUCCAGACCGCGAAGUUCCUCACCCAGCAUUGGUCCAGGCAGGAGCACCUCGCGGCGCAGCUUUACUCCCGCAAGAGCCGCGGCCACGCCGAGCAGCUGGCCUCGCGGGUGCUCGGGGAGCUCUCGGGCAGGUCGGCGCCUCGGGCCGCGGAGGGGGACUUCCUGCAGAUCGCCGACUCCCUCUUCAUGGAGCUGGGCUACUUCGGCCUGGGCGAGGCCGACGUGCGCAAGAGCACGCUCUGCGCGCUGCUGGCCGUGUUCUGGGUGGCCGCCGACCACUACGAGCUCUUCGUCCGUGGGCAGCCCGAGGGGGAGCGGCUGACGCCGCCGUCGUGGGAGAAGCUCCAGGAGUGGGCCAAGAGGACCGUGUGCCUCACGGGGAGCACGUCGAUGCUCAGCACCACGCUGGUCUUCGUCGCCAUCAUGAACCUCUCCCGGAUCAAGAGCUUCCGCCAGGCCUUUGCGCCAGACGUGGACGAGCCCGACGAGGCGCUGGCCGCCAUCCUCCAGAAGAGUCCGAUACUCGUGCCCUCGUUCAUGAAGCUUAACGAGCACCAGCGCCAGGCGAUCCUGUCCGCUCUGAAAGCCAAUUUCAACUUCGGCCAGUUCCUGCAGGCGGAGAACCUGCCUGGCAACCUGUCCGCGGCCAAGCAGAUCCUAAUGGAAUCGGGAAACACCAGUGGCUCUGUAAACACCCUCGGCCUCUUCCUGUUCCGCAAUUUCGCGGCUCUUAGCGGGCUGCGCGGCAAGGAUAGCCUGGAGGGCUCCCUCUUCAUGACGGACGAAUUCUAUUCCAACUACAAGGUUGGGCUCGACGUGCUGAAGCACCUGAUGAGGGAGAGCGCGCAGCAGGUCUACGAGCGGUUCCUCAAGGAGCGCGCGAGGGCACAGGCGCUGAGCUUCUACCCACACGACCCCGCGUCUCGCGCGAGGGUGCGGCUCGCAUGCCUCGCCCGCGUGUUCGACGCGGAGGGCGGCAGGGAGGUCUCCGAGGCGCUGGCCGGAAUGGAGCCGGGCCAGCGCAGGUCGCUGAUCCACUUCCUCAACGCCGACGGCAUCGAUCAGAAGCCCGGCUUCCUCCUCUACUUCGCCCCCCAUGUCCUGGCCAACGCGCGGAGGAACCCCAGCAUCGGCCUCACGCUCGGCCUGGAGAUGCUGGUGACCGUCUACGAGGCGGCGGCCAGGGAGUACGUCGACAGCGAGCAGACCGUGGUCACCGUCAUGCUGCCGGAGCUGGUGGAGCGCGCGCUGAGCUGCGCCGACGCCGAGAGCUUCCGGUGCGCCAAGUUCGAGAUCGCGCGCACGUCCGACAGCGUCGGGACUCUGCGCAUGAGCCCGUGGCAGGUGUGGAACGACCCCCGGGCGCUGGAGCUCCUGUCCGCGGAUGCCCGCGCGCUGGUCGACGGCGUGCUGGGGUCCAGGGUGCGCGAGCCCGCCUUCCUGAAGAGGCUGCCCCAGGCGUUCCCGGAGCUGCAGUUCUUCUCCGGGGAGGAGGGCGCGGCGCAGAAGGGGGCGCUCCGGGAGGCGCAGCUGGCACUGCUGACCGUGUACUGGGCGGCCAGCAACCAGCUGGAGUCGUUCAACCGCGGCCAGGAGGCGUCCGUGAAGCUGUCUGCCAAGGCGUGGGGCAAGAUUCGCCAGCUGGCGGGGCCGCGCGGCCUGACGGACCCGGAGACGGUGGAGGCGCUGCUCGUGACCGCGGCUCUCCACAGCCUGGGCAGGAUACCCAAGCUCGGGGCCCACCUCGCGCCCGACGCGGACAGCCACAGGCGGGUCAUCGCGCAGAUCCUCGACAGCAGCCCCAAGGUGCUGCCCUCCUACUGGCGCCUCCGCCCGCGGUACCGCAAGGUGGUGCAGUGCCUCCUCAGCCUCCGGCUCUUCGACUUCCGGCAAUUCUUGGAUGCGGAGAGCGUCCCGGCAAGCCUCGCAGCCAUCAAGGCGAUGUUGGGCAGCGCAGACUGCGCAGGAGAAUUGACCUCGGCGCAGGUGCUGCGCCUCUUCAUGUUCAUGGUGUUUGUCGAGAUGGCCGCGGCCUCGGCGGAGCAGAGCCUGGAGGGAUCCGUGUGCAUGACGUCGAGGCUGUGGUCGGAGCUCGAGGUGGGCUUGGAUGCCCUGGAGAUGUUGCAGGGCGAGGGCGAGGUCGCCAUCUACAACCGCUCCCUGCAGCUGACCAGCAGCAUGCUCCAUCUGGACUUCGACGCCGCCAGCCAGGAGUCCCGCGCGGUCGCCCGAGUCGCGCGCCUCGCCGCCGCCACCAGCCCCGGGCUCGCCGGGAAGGUCCGCGAGGCGUUCGGCCAGCUGUCGGGGGCCGAGGGCUCCGCGCUCGCGAGGUACCUCACCGCGGACGGCAUCGCCGUGAAGCCCGGCUUCGUCCUCGCGGGUGGCCGGGCACUCCUCUCCAACGCCCUCUCCAACACCAUGGUGGGAAUCCUCCCUGCGCUGAGGAUCCUGCUGCAGGUGCACCGGGAGGCCGAGAAGCACUUCCGGUGGAGCUCCUGCUCCGUCUUGACCAUCGACUUGGUGAAGUUGGCAGUGUUCACUCAGGACUUCGCGGGCUCUGUCACGUUCCAGGAGAUAUCGUUCGACGUCGUGAAGAGCGGCAGCACCGAAGUGGUCGUGGUGCCAACGGUUUGGAUCCCUGUCCGCAACCCGUCAGUGCUUAACACCCUCAGAAUGCAAAGCCGGGACUUGGCGUCCGACGCGUUGGCUAACAAGAUAUCGGAGGCACAGUUCAAGGCCCGUUUGGAGCGGACGUUCCCCGAGCUGUCGUACUUCAAUGCAGGGGGCUCUGAGCAGUUGCCCAAGACAAUUUGCGCGAUGAUGUCAGUUUACUGGUGCGUCACUGGCCAGCAUGAGGCAUUUACCAGGGGCCAGGCCGACAACGAGCUGCUCUCCAGACACUCCUGGUCUUGGAUCCAGGGGUGGAUGAAGCAGAGCGUGCGCCUGAUGUCCGAGGAAGCCCUCGAUGCCAUGCUCACGUUCGUCGCGAUCAGCGCCCUGGGCACCAUCCCACAAUUCCGCGAGGAGUUUGCCCCGAGAGUGAGCGCGCGCAUCCACGACGCCGUCCUCGCCCACGUGCUGGAGACGAGGCCGGAGGUGGUGCCCUCGUUCCAGCGGCUGCCCGCAAGGUACAGGGGCCUCCUCUCGGACUGCCUGCGCGUGAACUUCCGCUUCAGCGAGUUCCUGAUGGCCGAGGGCGUGCCCGCCAACCUUGCGCACGUGAAGGCCUCGAUGGAGCCGCACGGCGAGGAGGGCAUCGCCUUCUUCUGCUUCCGCAUCUUCUCCCGGGCGUGCGGCAAGCUGGGGUCGCGCCACGCCCAGGGCUCCCAGUUCAUGACCGAGCCGCAGUUCCAGCGCUUCCGGCCCGGGCUCGAGGCGCUGCAGCAGCUGAGGACGCUGGACGCGGGGGCGGCCUACAACAACUACAUCCUGCUCCUCCAGGGCUCGAAGGCGCUCGCGUGCUUCACCUCGCCGGAGCACCAGGCGCUCACGCGGCUGCUGUGCCUCGAGUCCGCCGGCGGCGAGGCCAGCGAGAGCGCCGUCAGCGACGCGUUCAAGGAGCUCCACCCCCGCGAGAGGGCGAGGCUCACGAGGCUCCUCACCGCCGACGGCCUGGGCGAGAGGCCGGGGUUCGUGCUGCGGGGCGCGCCCGAGCUCCUGAGGGCUGCCUGCUCGAACCCGCGGGUGGGCGCGCCGGCAGUGCUGCGCACGCUCCUGCGCGUGCAGGACAAGUGCUCGGUCGGCUCGCGCGUGCGCAAGGUCCACCUGGACAUGCACGGGCUGGUGGCCGCGGCUCGCGACGCGCAGGGGCCCAGGGAGUUCACGCAGUUGCCCCUGGACCUGCGGUACGACGACCAGGGGGACACCCGCGUGUGCGUCGUCGCGGUGGCCGGCGCCAGCAGGUCGGAGACCGCCCUGACGUGGUCCGCCGCUCGAUCCCAGAGAGGUUCCGAAGUGGCCACUGGAGGUGGUGGGGAUGGCGGGUCGUUGUUCUGGCGCCUCCUCGGCGGCAUGUCCUGCAGAAGCGCGCCGGCGGUGAGCGUUGAGCGGGAGGAUGCUUAAGGGCGAGGUCCAGUCAUUGGCUCUCCGUGGUGACCAGCGCUUGUCUCUGUGCUGCCCCGUGGUCCGAUAGUCGUGUGCGACAACUCGCUUUCGAUAGUGACUUGCCGUCGCUCUCAAAAGUAGAGCACCCGAUGCGUACAACUUAUGUGUUGUUGCGCUCGGUUUUUGGUAUGCCCUCGACCGAUCCUUGCCGCGCGUAUUGCCGGCGUCUCCAGCCUGAAGUGUUGGUUUUGACGCGGUUGCGCUGAGUUGUUCACCCAGUGUGACACACAGUAGCUCAACGGACAACGCACCUAUGCGCGUGCAGAUUGCCCACAAGGUCAGGCAAAGUGUGCGCCCUCGGGGCAAGGGAAGAGCCCAACACAAACGCUUCUGUGAGCCAGCCUGUCGGAGGGCCCGUCCCCGUGCAGCUGAGCGCAGUGGCGUGCGCGGCCCUCUCCUCACAUCUACCGCACGUCGCUGGCAUUGAGUGCGGGGCAGAGCGCUGCGGAGCGAGCGCGCAGAGGCGGGCUGAUCUCCCGCAGGGGCGCCGGCGACACCAUGCGAGCUCCUCUGCCGGGGCCACGGGUGGAGCGCCCCAAUGGCGCACGAGCUGCGCGAGGGGUGGGCCGAGGCGUGCGCGGGGCCACAGGCGGAGCUCCCUGUGCGGGCGGGGGUGGUUGCGGUCCGUGUGGGGGGGGCGCCGAAGCUGGCGCGAUGCCGCGAUGAGCAUCGUCAUCCUAGAGUUGGCGCGUUUCGCUGGGUCCUAUCGGUUGCGCCUCCUGCGCCCUGGUCCUUGGACUUCGGCCAGGCCUUCCCGUCGCCGA